AUGAUGGAGAAAGUCACCAUCAGCGUUCCAGUUGUUAAAAAGCGUGUGGUUCCGCCAGAUAUCAAUAAUCCACCCAGUGGGAUUCCAUUGAAGUCGUUUGGCGACCAUUAUCAAGCUAUAAGUAGUCUUGGUAAUGGAAGUUUUGGAUCGGUUGUGUUGGCAAAGUACAAGAAAGAUGAAAAGAACCUUUUAAAAGUAGAUUUGAGAAAAAGGGGAACACUUAUAGAUCCUUUGGAAGAAUCCGAUGCUCAUCUCAGUUGUUUAGUUGCAAUUAAAACAAUGAAGACACCACUCUGUACUUUAAAUGAAGCAACAACAGUCAAAGAAGUUAAAUUUAUUCUCCGAAUACCUUCUCAUCCUAGCUUGGUACAGAUAUAUGAUAUGUUCAUCGAUAAUAAAGAGUUCCACCUUCAUAUUGUAAUGGAGACGAUGAAUCAGAAUUUGUACCAGCUAAUGAGAGCUAGAAAGAGAAUUAAGUUUUCACCGGCCACCUUGAAAAGUGUUUUGACACAACUUUUGGAAGGAAUUCGCCAUAUCCACAAGUACGAUUAUUUCCACCGAGAUGUGAAACCAGAGAAUAUCCUUAUAAUGCCCACGCUGCAAUAUUAUGGAUCACGAGAGAACAUUCCUCCUAAUCGGAGGGGUGAUAACUACGUAUUGAAACUAGCUGAUUAUGGUCUAGCACGUCAUAUAGGCAAUCUUGGCAAGUACACUUCUUACGUUGCUACAAGAUGGUAUCGCUCGCCUGAAAUUUUAUUAAGGAGAAUGUGGUAUUCCAAGCCCGUUGAUAUGUGGGCUUUUGGUACAAUUGCCGUCGAGGUUGCUAACUUCAUACCGUUAUUUCCAGGAGCUAGCGAAGUUGAUCAGAUCUGGAGAAUCUUAGAGGUACUUGGAAGUCCGACUCUUCCUAGUUUUGGUACGCAUAUGCACAAGGGACAUUAUUACCCACCUUUAGGUGGCUAUUGGAAAGAAGCUCAACUAUUAUCGUCGAGGAUGGGGUUUAGUUUACCCUACACUGAUGGUGUCCAAAUCUGCAAUCUUAUACCUGAUUCAGUAUCUGAGUUGGGUGAGGUUGUCAAAGCAUGUCUUACUUGGAACCCCGAUGUGAGAGCUGAUGUUGAAACUGUUUGUGCUAUGUCAUACUUCAAGAACACCUCAGUUUCAAAAGCGUACAAAGAGCCAGAAAGACCUAGUAAUAAAAUGACAAGGCCAUCACCUUUGAAGGAAGUGAACGGCUCUUUUCAGAUGUUUUCUGGAAUACAGCCAUAUAAGAUGUCGUUGAAUGAAUUCAAUAACAAAAAGCGUAUGAGGAAUAGCUCCAGCUUUGAAUCCCAGAAUUCUUAUAUACCACAGUACAACAAUGAGAAUUAUUUGAGUAAUUCUUUUAAUCAGAUGAAAAGUAAUGCCAUACUGAAGACAGAAUUCCAAAUACAUGAUGAUUUUGAUGACGGAUAUGAAAAGGAAUUUAUGAAGGAAUACAUAGGUAAGCAAGCAGGAAAUUCUAUUUCCCAAGGUAGAGAUCUGUUUGAUUUUGAAAAUAAAUGCAUCAAGAAUAUCGGGGAUGACAGUAAUAUAACACCCCGGGGCAUAAAUAAUACGCCUCCAGAACUUGCAGAAGAAUACUGUAACGAGAGUUUUAAUUUUUAUGAUUUAAAUUAUUCAAAUAACGAGGGAGAUGCAAUAAUAACCGAAUAUGAUAGUGAAAACACCUAUUCAAAAAAUGACCAUGAUUACUCUUGGGAAGGGUUCAAUAAUCUCGAUAUUACCAAUAAUGAUUCGGUAAAUAAUACCGAACAAUACAUCCCAAAUAAUUUAGCAGCUUUAAAGGAGCCUCUUGAAGACGAGUUUGGUAUAAUAGCAGAUAUAUCAUUCGGAAGUAGUCAUGGGAUUAAAUGUUGA